AAAUCGUUUGAAUAUGCUAUAUAACGCGCACUAGUUUUUUCUAUUAAUUGUUUACGUCUGUUUGCAUCCACAACAAAUCUACAUCCUAAGUUGGCCACGUUACCUUCCGGACUUCGAGAGUUUGCCAUUAUAGAUGACUCAUUCUAAAAAAAAUCGAGAGUUGUGGCUGAUUUUCAUAGGAGUCAUCAAUGCUUUGUCAGUUGUAGCUGAAAUUAUCGUUGCAUUGAAAACAGGGUCUUUAACUCUGUUGUCGGACUCCAUUCAUAACCUAAGUGAUGUGUUUACAAUUCUCAUCGCAUACUGGGCUAUUAAAGCAAGUUACCGUGGUGCCAGCAAUCACAUGUCAUAUGGGUGGCGUAGAACGGAGGUCGUUGGCGCUCUCCUCAACUCUUCUUGCUUGAUUGCUAUGUGUGUGUACGUGUUUCUAGAAGCCAUUCCGAAGUUUUUCAAGCCGCCAGAAAUUGAGGUGGGCCUUGAAUUCUUGAUCGUGGCGGGCGUCGAGAUUUUCGUCAAUGCACUGUCGAUGGUCAUUUCGCUUAUGAUUGGAUCGGAACAUCAUCACAUUCACGGGUGUUCUCACUCUCAUGAGCACAAGAAACAUUUUGAAGACUCCGCGCGUCUGAGCGAAGAGCAAAACGAGCUGCCUUUGGAGGAACGCUCUCUGACCAGCGAGGGUCACUCGUUGGCGGACCGAUACGUCCGAAGCAACUUGAAGUCGAUCGAAAUGACCGGCGAAUACUUGGACUCUCAGCCGGACAGUCCCCAGGAAUAUGACUACCUAGACAACGAUGGCAUCGACAUGAACUAUAAUUACGGAAGUGGCCAAACUAAGCAAAAGCACGAUAUGAAUAUUCGCGCCGUCUUUAUACAUUUUCUUGGAGACUCCUGUACAUCUGUUUUUGUUCUCUUUGUAGGACUUUUGAUCCACUAUCAACAAGGCUCAUACUGGAUUCGAUACGUAGAUCCCACAUCCAGUCUACUUAUCAUCGCCAUUAUCUUAUACACCUGCAUCCCGCUCUUGAGGCAGUGUUGCAGCAUAGUUUUGCAAAGCGUCCCGAAGGGCAUCCCGCUCGGCGUCGUCAAACUGCAAGUCGAGGCGCUUCCCAACGUCCACGGUGUUCAUGAUUUGCACGUCUGGAGCCUCAUAGACGGCAUGCUUAUCGGGUCGGUUCACUUGGGCAUCGUGUCGCCCCUUGAUUGGGAUUCGGUUCAGAAAAAAGUUCGAGAAAUAUUCCACAAAUUUGGCAUACACUCUCUAACCAUCCAGCCCGAGUUCAUCGAGUUGCCACAAGAGGACUUCAAAAUCUGCAAGCAAAACUGUCUCCCGGAGUGUCUAGAAGAUUGGUGCUGCAAAUUUGCAAACACCCCACAAGGUCCUUGAUUAUUCUCCCCGCCAUACAUGCGUUGUAACAAAAAAUUUUUGCGCCGUUGGAAAAUCUGUGUGUUCAUAAAAAAGCUGCUUCUUCGACGUACAAAA